AUGUCCCCCCUGGCCAAACUCUACCUCAUCACCUGCUGGUCCUACAUCAUCUCCUUCCACCUCACACUCAGCAUUCUCCCGCUCGACAUGGCGGCAUCGGCCGGUGCGGGUGGCCCAGUCGCAGUCGCGGCGGAGCGCGUCGUCGUCCUCGAGGGGGACCAGUUCGCGAGGGCGGCCAAGGUGCAGGGUCUGAAGAGCCGAGCGGCGUUUAAACUGCUGCAGAUCAAUGAGCGGUAUAGGUUGUUUAGGCCGGGCAUGACGGUCGUGGAUCUCGGGUUUGCGCCGGGGAGUUGGAGUCAGGUAGCCACCGACCUGACAAAACCCCGCGGGCGAGUCCUCGGCGUGGACCUCCUGCCCGUGCAGCCUCCCAAGGGCGUGUCCACGAUCCAGGGCGACUUUCUCUCCCCCGACAUCCAAGCAGAGAUCAAGGCCUUCCUGCGUGACCCGGACCGCGGACGGCUCCGACGACCGUCUGCCCUCCUCGACACUAGCAUCGCCACCUCCUCCGCCUCCAACCCUCCUGGCGGAGCGGCGAUCGAUCAAGCCGCGGCGCUAGAGGAAGAAGCAACGGGCUAUCUCGAGCGCGAGAGCCACGAGAAGACACUAGUGGCAGAUGCAGAGGUGGCCGAUCCCGAUCCCGCAGAGCAUCGGGACAAGUGUGCCGACGUGGUGCUCAGCGACAUGUGCGAACCCUGGGACCCGCUUGACGGCCUGUACAAGAAGAGCAUCAGUAACCCGUAUUACAGGUUGAUGAAUACCAGUGGAAACGCGUUCCGCGAUCACGCCGGAAGUAUGGACCUCUGUCGCGCGGCGCUGAGAUUCAGCUACGAUACGCUCAAAGUCGGCGGGCACUUUGUGUGCAAGUUCUACCAGGGGGCCGAGGACAAGUCGUUGGAGAAAUCCCUCAAAGCCAUGUUCCACAAGGUGCAUCGCGAGAAGCCGGAGAGUUCGAGAGCGCAGAGCAAGGAGGCCUAUUUUGUGGGGAUUAAAAGGUUGGCCAAGGUCGAGAAGGAGGUCGUUCUCGCAGGGCCGUGA